UUUUUUUUUUUUUUCUUUCAAUGCCAAGUAGCUUUCUGCUUGUGCAAUGAGGAUAACGAGGAUAACCUAAAGUACAUGAUAUAGCAGUAGUAGAGGAUCACAGUGUUCUCUUCUGAAGACGUAGAAGUCUUUACAUUGGAACAUCUUUUAAGAGCUUCUCUGACUACUCUGACAUGAAGGCAUUCCAGGUCCUCUUUGUGCUCCUUCUGACUGCUGCAGCGGUUGACGGUCAGUCUUUCCACGCUGGCAGUUGCUCCCAUCCAUCUGUUCAGGAGAACUUCAACAUUACAAAGUAUAUGGGCACCUGGUAUGAAAUAGAGAAGCUCCCAGCUGUGUUUGAGAGAGGAAAAUGUAACCAAGCUACAUACAGUCUUCUUGAUGAUGGAACAGUCAGUGUUCGCAAUGCAGAGCUGCUGUCUAACGGGAAGAUAAAUUCAAUUGAGGGAAUUGCCAAAGUUAAAGACUCAUCUCAACCUGCUAUUCUGGGUGUCAGCUUCUUUAAAGGUGUUCCAGAUGCUCCCUACUGGGUACUCUCCACAGACUACCAGUCAUAUGCUCUGGUGUACUCUUGCUCCGACUACUUUGGCCUUUUCCACAUUGACUUCGCCUGGGUCCUGGCUCGCACUCGGGUGCUGGCUGAGGACAUUAUCAGCGAGUUGCACGAAAAGCUGGCCGCUGCUGGUGUAAACGUAAAUCGCCUUACGGUCAGCAAUCAGACCGGAUGUGAACCCACAAACUGAGGCAUCAGUCAAACGUGAAAGAGCAACUGUGCUGUACUUGUUCUGAACAGCAGCGGAAACUCCAAUAUGCUGUGGCAUAGCAUAA